AUGAGUGUGUGCAGCAGGAAGGCGCUGACCCUCCUCAGCAGUGUGUUUGCUCUGAGCGCUCUGGGGCUGCUGGGAGUGGCAGUCAGCACAGACUUCUGGCUCUACCUGGAGGAGGGUGUCAUCAUACCCCUCAACCAGACCACCGACAUCAAGAGCUCCCUGCACUCAGGCCUGUGGAGGGUCUGCUUCCUGGCUAUCUCUGUAGUUCAAGUCUUUAAUAUGAAAAAAUCAGGUGAAGAAAAAGGUCGCUGCUUUACCAUUGAGUACAUUAUGCCCAUGAAUGUGCAGAUGACAUCAGAGUCCACUGUAAAUGUGCUAAAGAUGAUCCGCUCAGCCACGCCCUUUCCUCUGGUCAGUCUGUUCUUCAUGUUCAUUGGCUUCGUCCUGAACAACAUUGGACACGUGCGCCCACACCGCACCAUCCUGGCCUUCGUCUCCGGCAUCUUCUUCAUCCUCUCAGGCUUGGCUCUGGUGGUUGGUCUGGUGCUGUACAUUUCCAGUAUCAAUGAUGAAGUUUUGAAUCGGACCAAAAGCAGUGAGGCCUACUUCUCCUAUAAGUACGGAUGGUCUUUUGCUUUCGCCGCCAUUUCUUUCCUGCUUACGGAGAGUGCUGGUGUGAUGUCAGUGUAUUUGUUCAUGAAGAGAUACUCUGCGGAGGAGAUGUACCAGCCGCGCCACGCUGCUUUCUACCGGCCGCGCCUCAGUAACUGCUCGGACCACUCGGGACAGUUUCUGCACCCUGAAGCCUGGUCUCGAGGACGCAGCCCCUCGGACAUCUCCAGUGACGCAUCCCUCCAGAUGAGCACCAGUUACCCUGCACUGCUCAAAUGUCCCGAAUAUGACCAGGUGUCCUCCUCUCCAUGCUGAGACCUCAAGG